UAUAUGAAAAAGAAAACAAUCUCCUAACCCGUGGCCUUGAUCUCUGAACGUCAGCAUGGCCUAAUUAAUAUUUAUGAAUUGAGCAUUUGCCAUUGGAAAGCGAACAAGUAACGUAUGUAAUUAAUAUUCAUGAGGAAAGCCUCUGGAAAAACGAUUAGACAGCUGUCAGGAACGCUAAGAGAUCAUUAAUAUUCAUAAGCUAAGCCUUAGCCGUACAGUUAUUGUUGAUUUCUAUUUCGUGUUUGAUAUUUCGAAAUGAUACGGUAUGGCAUAUCGGGCGAAACAGGAUAUCUGCAUUAAAUUGUAUAUGGUCUGUGGAUUCAAAAUGAGCGCAAGGAAUAUCGCUCGUUUCUGGGAAUGGGGAAGAAAGAUUAUCUGCGUCGGGAGAAACUAUGCAGAUCAUGCCAUCGAGCUCAAAAACGCAAUUCCUACCGAACCCGUGCUAUUUCUGAAACCCCCAUCGGCUUACAUUAGAGAAGGGUCUCCUAUUCUGGUCCCCUACUACUCCAGUAACCUACAUCAUGAAGUUGAACUAGGGGUGGUCAUUGGCAAAGGGGGAACUUCUAUUUCCCAGUCAUCAGCUAUGGACCAUGUGGCUGGAUAUGUCUUGUGCUUGGACAUGACAGCUCGGGACAGUCAGGACGAAUGCAAGUCCAAAGGUCUUCCAUGGACCUUGGCCAAAGCGUUCGACACCUCGUGUCCCAUAAGUGACUUCAUUCCAAAGGAGAAGAUCCCAAACCCGGAAAGCAUCAAUUUGUGGUUGAAAGUGAACAAUAUUAUGAGACAGAAUGGAAACACAUCUCAGAUGAUCUUCUCUAUCCCAUAUCUCAUAAACUACAUCAGUAAGAUUAUAUCUUUGGAGGAAGGUGAUCUUAUUCUCACUGGUACCCCAAAAGGAGUGUCCAGUGUCCAGGUGCAUGAUGAACUUCAAGCUGGGAUUGAUGACAUUGUGACCAUGACAUUUAAAGUUGAUAGAAAAAGUUGAUUUUUUUUUAAAAGACAUUUUACACUUACUAGUUUUAAUCUGCAAUGCACAAAAUUUGAUCUCAGGCUAUUCUAUAUGCAAUUACAAUAAGAAAAUGUUUGUAAAAUUACGGUACUGUAUUCAAAUGAAUUGGAAACAAUGCAUCUACCUGAUGGAUUUCAACAUAUUAAAUAAAUUGAUCUUACAGUUUA